AAGGCUCUGACAUCAACCAGGCAAAACAGCUGCCCCUCUUCUCUUCCAUGGAGAGUGAUAGCCGGAGAGGUAAAGGGGAGAGAGCUGGAUGAAGUGUAGGAAUGAGGAAGAAGAGUGGAAGGUCUGUUAGCAUUCUGGAGGAGGAAGAGAGAUCCUAGGGCUCUGGAGACCUGAGAACAAGGGAUUUGCAAUUGGAAGAAGGAAAGGAAUGAGAGAGAGAGCGCGGGAGGGAGGGAGGGAGGGAAAACUGAAGCGAGAGUUUGUGGCUGUAUACAUUCACACUCUGCAGCCUGGAUCGCCAGUGAGCGAAGCCAAAGGAAAGUUGUGUGCAGAAAGAGUUGUAGGUCUGUGUUAGGCGUGAGAGAGAGAGAGAGAGAGAGGCUGUAAGGGGAGACGUGAACGGGGGGCAGAAGGAGAGUCUUGUGCGGGACCUUUUUAAAAGUCAGCACGCCAGGCUGUUUAGGAGUGAAGGGCAGAGGGGUGUGAGCGGAGUCUCUGGGGAACAGGAGGUGGAGGGGUGGGGGGAGAGGGGGGCAAGGCGGCAUGUGGCUCACUCCAGGAGGACUCUGGCUGUCAGAGGAACACUAGCAGGUCGGUUCUUACUAUGAGGGACUGAGCCAGGGAGAGAGAGAGAGAGAGAAAGAGAGAGAGAGAGAGAGAGAGAGAGAGAGAGAGAGAGAGAGAGAGAGAGAGAGACCCUCGCUGAGGGUCAGCGAGGGCAGAGCAGCAGAGGCCAGAGUUUCUUGAGGACAAACUCCAAGACACUUGGUGGAAGUGUUAGGGGGGGUAGAAGCAAGGGCAAGUGCCCGGGCGGCUGGAACUAUGGGGUGCAUUCACAGUGCGGUGAUCCGGAAGGGAGCGAACCAGGGAACUUCUAUGGACCGCAACCCGCACACGGACCCCUCUGUAUCUCCCGGCAUACUGCAGCUGGCUGGGUUGACCGGCAACUGUCACUCUGCAUCUGACCUGAAGGGCUCCAUUACCUCUACAUUUCAAAAGAAGAGGGGCUCCUUACCCAGGAGCAAGAGUGUGGAGCUGGUGAUGGAGCAGGUGAUGGAGCGCCACUAUGACUUCGACCUCACCUACAUCACCGAGAGGAUCAUAUCCGUCUUCUUCCUGCCCGACCUGGAGGAGCAGCGUUAUCGUGGAAACCUGCAGGAAGUGGCGGCCAUGCUGAAAUCCAAACACCAGGACAAGUUUCUGCUCCUGAAUUUGUCAGAGAAGAGACACGACAUCGCAAGCCUUAACCCAAAGGUACAGGACUACGGCUGGCCCGACCACCACGCCCCGCCACUGGACAGGAUCUGCGCUGUGUGCAAGGCCAUGGACACCUGGUUGAUCUCUGACCCCCAGAACGUGGUGGUCCUGCACUGCAAGGGUAACAAAGGAAAGACUGGCGUCAUUGUGGCCGCCUACAUGCACUAUAGCAAGAUAACUGCAGGGGCUGACCAGGCACUCACAACCCUGGCCAUGAGGAAGUUCUGUGAAGAUAAAGUUUCCUCCUCUCUACAGCCCUCUCAGAACAGGUACAUCUUCUACUUUGGGGGUCUGUUGUCCGGCUCCAUCAAGAUGAACAGCAGUCCUCUGUUCCUACAGCAGAUCCUCAUUCCAUCGCUGCCAAACUUCCAGGCAGAGGGAGGUUACUAUCCCUUCCUGAAGAUAUAUCAGUCUCUCCAGCUGGUUUACACCUCCGGCGUCUAUGACCCCCACAACUCCAGAGCCAGGAAGCUGUGUGUGACCAUGGAACCAGCUUUGUUGUUGAAAGGGGACAUCAUGGUCAAGUGUUACCACCGACGGCCUCGCAGCGCCCAGAGAGAGGUCGUCUUCAGGGUUCAGUUCCACACCUGCACGGUCCACGGAGCCCAGCUGUGGUUCGGCAAGACUGAGCUGGACUCGGCCUGCUCAGAUGACAGAUUCCCUCCCGAUAACUCGGUGGAGUUCAUCUUCUCCAGCAGUCCAGACAAAAUAAAAGGGCGCGAAUAUCAGAAGAAUGAGCCCUCCAUCACAGUAGACUACAACACGUCUGACCCGGUGGUGAGAUGGGACUCCUAUGAGAACUUCAACCUACACCACCAAGACAGCCUGGAGAAGAUCCCUCACACACGGGGCCCUUUGGACGGCAGUCUGUACGCCCAGGUGAGGAAGCGGCGGGGCCCGGGGUCGACCGGGGCCGUACGCCUGUCUCUGAGCCCCACGGUGGGGCCCCCGACACAGGCCGCCGCUCCGCAGCCUCCCGCCUCCUUCAGCUCCGACCCGGGCCGCCACUCGGCCUCGCCCUCCGCUGACCGGCCGGAGGAGCCGUCCCCCAGUGCCCCGACGGGCCCGCACGGGGACGGGGGGGAGAGGAGGGCCGCGGAGGGGGAGGACAGAGCCGGGGACAGAGCCGGGAGGGGCAAAGAGCGGGACAGGGAGACGGCCAUCCUGGACGACGCCGAGCCCUCGGGGGGGCUGGAGGGCUUCAGGCGGGGGGGGCGUCCGUGCUGCAGUCCCGGGGCGGGGAGGCCGGGGGAGGGGGUCUGGGAGAGGGCCAGAGAGCCGUGCCUCGCCAGCAACGGGCACCAUCCCGCUCACCGCGCCGCCGCCGCCGCCCCCAAGAACAACCCCAAGAGCCGCACGCUGCCCGCCCUACCGUCCAAACCCCUCUCCCCCACCCCGCGCCACGCCCCGCACCUGGAGCUGUACCACCGCCACAGCGGGCACCCGCUGCCGGAGCUGCCCUGGGAGUGUCCGCCCGCCCCCAUGCUCUGCGUCCACCGGGCGUGCUUCCCCCACUCCACCCCGGAGCUGGCCCACCCCCACCCCCACAGCUACAGCCUGCCCGCCUCCAGCCGGGAGUGCUCCCCGGAGGGGUGUCACCUGGUCCACUGCCCCGGCCACGGGCCGCCCUCCCUGCCCACUAGCCCCUACAGAGAGCUGUUCUUCCAACCGCCGGCGGCGCCCUCUGGCUGCGGCUGCAGGGACUGCGCCGGCCGGAGGGAGCACCAGUCGGCGUCGGUCCGGCUGUUCCAUCCGCUGCACUCGGACAAAUCGGGGGGCCUGCACUGGGGCCGGGAGGUGGAGAUGCAGCAGGCGAGAGAGGGACCCCCGGUGUGGGCCGACAGCCACUGGGAGGCCAAGAGAGAGGCUGCAGAGUUCUGGCAGCACAAGACAGCCGUGCAGCCGUAUCGCGUGUGCCAUUCUUCACUAGAGCAGCCUCAGAGCCCGGACCAAGCAGGGUCUGUCCUGGUGCUCCACCAGGGGUACCGUACCCCGCCGCCAGCCCAUCUCUCCUGUGCCUGCAUCCCUUAUCAGUCCUCCCCAGCAGAGAGCCAUGAGAGCAGAGGCUAUGCUUCGGGGUACCAGUCUGGAUCCUCCUCACCGCUGGCUCCCACCAGCCCGAUGCCGGGAGCCUCUCCUGGGAGGAGUCAGGCAGCGGAGAGCCCUUCCAGAGCCAGGGGCCCGUCAGAGAAUACCCACCACACAGAUCAAACGGCCCAGGCUGACGUGAAGGACAACAAGUCUGUGAGUCCUUCAAGUGACCCAGACAGUGCUGCUGGAAUGGAUGUGGACCAGGACUAUACGCUCAUAUGCAGCCCCCCAACACAAGCUGAAGUCAGGAUCACAGAGGAAUGUGUUGACAGCGGGACCCCCACGAACACUCCCCAGGGGGUCCAGAAGCCGAGCCACGGAGCUGCGUCCUCGCCCUCUCUGGAGUCCAACGCAAACACCGACAACACUGUGUCCCAACCACCACAAGCAGCCCCAAAGCAACCCCCCUGCUCAUCCACUGACCUGUCAGAAAACGCGAGCAAGCAUUCACAGAGUCUGGGGUUAACGGCCAGGAUCGGGGAAGACAACAAAGAAACAGGAAGUGCAAAGGAAUCCGGCCAAUCAGACACGUCCUCUCAAACCACUGUAACCAUUCAGUCGGUGACCACGGUCCAAAUGCAGCUCAAUGGCUCCGCCCUCCCUGGCGACGCCCAGGGGUCCGACACGGCCAGCAGAGACGCGUCCAGCGGAAGCUCCACGCCGGCGUCUGCACAGUCUCCCCAAGGCUCCCCGGCCAGGGGGUCCUCCCCCCAGGCCGGCCCCCCGAGACCGUCCCCCGGCCGGGACAGCCCGUCCGAGCCGUCCAAACCCCCGUCGCCGGUGCCCGAGGGCUACAGCACCCCCACCUUCCCCCUGGCGUCGUACUACUACCCGCUGCUCAACGUGCCCCACGUGCCCUACACGGGGUACACCGCCGUCACCAUCCCCGCCCCCCAGCCCCCGCUGCCCGAGAAGAAGCGCUUCUCCUCCUCCCCGCUGGCGCUCAACGGCCACAGCUCGCUGCUCAGGGCGGAGUCGGCACCUUCCUCCGCCUCCCUCGCCUCCUCCUCCACCUCCUGCUCCAACACCUCGUCGUCGUCGUCGUCGUCGUCCGGCGGCCAGCAUCACGUCACCUUCUCCCCCACCGUGGCCGAGCCCCCCGCCCUGGGACGACGAGGGUCCGCUCAGUCCGGCGGUAGAGAGGAAGCAGACACAAAGGUCAACGCAAAGUUUGUCCAAGACAGCUCCAAGUACUGGUACAAACCGGGCAUCUCCAGGGAUCAAGCUAUAGCAGUGCUGAAGGACAAGGAGCCCGGGUCCUUCCUCAUCAGAGACAGUAACUCCUUCCAGGGGGCGUACGGUCUGGCCCUCAAGGUCACCACUCCUCCCCUGAACGCCAACCUCAACACCAGCAAAGGAGAUCCGCUGGAGCAGCUGGUGAGACACUUCCUGAUCGAGACGGGCCCCCGGGGCGUGAAGAUCAAGGGCUGUCAGAACGAGUCGUACUUUGGAAGUUUGUCUGCGCUGGUAUACCAGCAUUCAAUCACUCCCAUCUCCCUGCCCUGUGCGCUGCUCGUCCCAGACAAGGAUCUGGUUGGAGAGCUCCAGGAGAUACAGAGUGUCACCAACACGAGCACGGCGGCAAAUCUCCUCCAGCAUGGAGCAGCAUGCAAUGUGUUGUAUCUGAACUCUGUGGAAACCGAAUCGCUGACAGGGCCCCAGGCCAUCUCCAAGGCAACCAAAUGCACCCUGGCCCUGAGUCCACGUCCCACGGCCACUGUGGUCCACUUCAAAGUGUCCAUUCAGGGCAUCACUCUGACGGACGGAAAGCGAAGGCUAUUUUUCAGAAGACACUACCCAAUCAACAGUGUGACGUUCAGCAGCUUAGACCCAAAGGACCAGAGGUGGACUAACUCUAAUAGCACAUCAAGCAAGAUAUUUGGCUUUGUGGCGCGGCGGACAGGAAGUACAACCGAGAACGUGUGUCACCUGUUUGCAGAGAUCGACCCAGAGCAGCCUGCAGUCGCCAUCGUCAACUUUAUUAACAAAGUCAUGCUGGGCCCACAGCUUCGCAGAUGAGAUGAGCUUAGACACAAGAAACUCAUAAGAACAUCAAAGGAUUUCUAUAUAUAAACAAGAUUACUUCUGAAUGAGGUGUUUGUGAGUGUAUAUAUAUAUAUGUAUAUAUAUAUAUAUAUAUAUAUAGACAUAUAUAUUUGUGUGUGUUUGUGUGUGUGUAUGUCUGUGUAUUUGUGUGUUAGCGUGUGUGUAUUUUCGCAUGUGUGUUUAUGUUUUGGAAAUUUAUACCAGCAGCUCACUUGAGCUUGAGUGAGUCAUUUGGGGUUUUAUCAUGAAUCAAAUAGAAGCAGCGACAAAACUUUUCAAGCAUUCAUGUAUUAUUUUUUUUAUUCUGGAAUGCUAUUUUCUUUUUUAUUCAAACUUAUUUGUUUUGUUCAUGUACCAAAGGAUGAAUGUAAUCUCACAUUGUGGACCUUACACACAUGCCAUUUUUUAAUGCUAAAUACCUUUGGAAGGUUUCUUUUCUACGGUAAUAGUACAUAAUUACUUGUCAGAAUUAAAACCCAGUUACUCUGCAGGCUCAAUGGGGUUGUCUGCACAACAAUCCAAUAUCACAUAGAUACACAUUUUCAAAAAAAGGUUGUUUGAGUCCAUCAAUAUUUCCAAAUUAUCCUUUUGCGCUUCUAGAAUAUUCUGAUUUGUAGAUUAAGAAGUGGUCUGAGGGUCACUGUUUAAUCCCAAAAACUGGGUGACACGACAUGUUGGUACCUUAACAUUGUUGUACAGGUCAUGCUGAUAUAACAUCGAUCAUAUAUUGCAUAUGUACAGUUUGGUCUUUUUAAGAAGAAAGGACCAAGAACCUAAAGCCAAAGACUUUUUUUGCUGGUCCUGGCAUGUUUAUUAUCUGUGUGCAUUUUUGUGUGUUUUAUAUACGAAGGCAGCACAUUGUGUGGCUUUAGUUCACAUAAUUUUCAUAACAUGUUAUAAUAAAAGUUUAAUAACAGAACUAAUAUAUUUUAAAGCCCUCUAUACAAUGUGGAGAAUAAAACAAUGUUUCCAACGAUUUGCUCAUACUAAUAAAACAAACUUGUGUGUUUCUA